AUGGCAAACAUCCUCCAUUUACCGUUAUCAGAGGCCGCAGAAGACUCUAUCACCCAGGAGAUCAAGGUGAGAACUUGGUGGUCUCUUUACAUGAUCGACCAGUGGUCUUCUGCAGGCCUGGACUUGAACAAACAAAUGCACGAUGACAACCAUCGCUUGCCAAUACAAGAAACUACAUUCUGGUCUCUAAAACGAGGGGAAUCAAUGGGUCAGGAUGAUCAGCCCAGUUUAGGUCUCUGGGGGUAUAUGGUCAUACUGGCCCGGAUAUUCGGUAAAAUCCAAGAUCUCCACCAGCAGCUCUCCAAUGGAGUGCUUAAUGAGCACCACGCGGAAAUGAUCACGCAAGAGCUCGCACAAGAGUUUGAGAAUUUUGAGCAAGAACUUCCAACAGAUCUUCAUUUCACCGUCCACAACCUGGAACAGCAUUCCGUAGUGGGCUUGGGACAGGCCUUUGUGGCACUUCAUCUAGGGUAUCAUCACUACGCCACCUUAUUAUACUUUCCCUUCUUUGAUAUUCAACUCUCUCAGACCCGCAGUCGAGCCCUAUUUGCCUCUCGCUGCAAACACCACGCCACAAUGUUUAGUGAUCUACUGAGGACCUCCCACGAGACCCCGGAUUGCGAAGCGGUAUACCUCAUUGUGGCACACAUGACUGUAGUGUCAUCGGCUGCCCUAUUACAUACCCUGCUAUUUGGGAAUCAUGAUGAGAUUUUUGACGCGAGGAAUCGGCUUUGUUCAAACUUUGAAAUACUCCUCAAACUCAAACCGUACUGGCCGGGAGUCGACCUCAUGGUAGGCCGGAAGAUCUGUAAGGCUGAUUCGAAGUUCAGAGCUAAUAUAUCUCAGAUGGAGCGGCUAUUUACAUUUCAAAAAGUUUGCAUGCGCUCAAUGGACAAAACAUAUACCGUGGAUAGAUGGAUAGUCAAUUUUCUUCUGCAGCAUGCAUUACCUAUCGAUGGAGAAACGGAGGCACCAGCUACCUCUGACCUUGCAGAACGUGGGAAGUUUGCAAAUGAUGCACUGUCGAUCUUGCGCCCAGAAAUGUAA